CACUCGUCUUCCCUCUGGCCCCAGCCCGUAAUGAUCCUUUCCAGCCACCGUAGGUCAAGAAAUCCGGAAGUGAAAAGAUGUCCCUGAAAAGUCAGUUCUCACGCCCAUGUGAAUCUCUGCAGCUGCUGUUAGUAUUUUAAAGUAUUGCAUUGAGAGAAGGGAAAAGACAUUGAUAAUCACCUGGAGACAUCUUCAUCGGAUGCAGCUGGUGUGUUUGUACAAAAAAUGGCGUCCAAAGCUGUUUAUUCGCAUAGAGAUCCAGUGCUGAAAAAAAGAGAUGAGUUUGAGGACAUCCUAGAGGAAAGGAGGACAACUAGCGACCUGAGAUACGCCCUCAAGUGUUACACACCUGUUCUCUAUAAAGGACUGACUCCUUGCAAAGCCAGCGAACUCAAAAACAUGGUGCUGCAGUCUGAUCAGCUGCAUUAUGUCAUCAAUCAGGUUUCCAAAGAGACAGGCACAGCCACAGAUGAGAUCCAGGUGGAGGUGGAGGCCAUCUUGGAGGAGAUGGCCCACCGCUUGCAGCUAAGCACAGUCCGCUUCUUGGCUUUCACUCUCAGUAAAAUCUUUAAAACUCUGUUCAGCAGCAUCUGUGUCAACGAGGAGGGCAUCCAGAGACUACAGCAGGCCAUCCAGGAACACCCGGUGGUUCUUCUACCAAGUCACCGCAGCUACAUGGACUUCCUUCUUGUGUCAUACAUCCUGUACACCUAUGAUUUAGCUCUACCGGUCAUUGCUGCCGGCAUGGACUUCAUGGGAAUGAAGAUUGUUGGGGAGAUGCUGCGAAUGUCUGGAGCUUUCUUUAUUCGGAGAUCGUUUGGUGGAGAUAAACUUUACUGGGCUGUUUUCUCCGAGUACGUCAAGAUCAUGCUGAAGAAUGGGUUUGCACCAGUGGAGUUUUUUCUUGAGGGCACAAGAAGCCGAGCAGCCAAAUCCUUAACUCCAAAGUUAGGUCUGCUGAAUAUUGUGAUGGAUCCCUUCCUGAAAGGAGAAGUGUUCGAUGUCAGCCUGGUCCCGGUCAGCAUCAGCUAUGAGAGGACCCUGGAGGAAACGCUCUAUGCCAGAGAGCUGCUGGGCAUCCCGAAGCCCAAAGAGUCCACUUCAGGUUUGUUUAAAGCCAGGAAGAUCCUGAGUGAGGACUACGGCAGUAUCCAUGUGUAUUUUGGGCAGCCUGUUUCUGCCAGAAGCUUGGCUGAGGGCAGAGUCAACCGCUCUCAGUUCAACCUAACACCUAGGCACAUCCCCAGGAAGCCCGCAGAGGAAAUCCAAGACUUUAUUAACGACACGGCCUUCAGGCUGGUCCGAGCUCAGGAGGAGAGCAUGGUCCUAAAACCCUGGGUCCUUCUGGCCACCUUGCUGCUCCAGAACCAGGCUGCUGGGAACAAACGGGGAAUGCCGUUGGAUGAGCUGACUGAGCAAGCUGUGUGGCUCAGGGACCUCUCCCGGCAGUUUGGAGCCUUCCUUCACUGGCCCGAACACAUUCCUCCCUCCAAAGUAAUUUCCUCCAGCCUUUCCCUCCAUCGAAGCCUUGUGAAGAUCUCUGAGGGAAGAGUCCAGUUGACUUUGGAAAAAGCUGGAGGUCGAGCUGAACCAGGGUUGCGUCUGCCUGCAAUAACACCAGAGGAUGAGCUUUUGAACCAGGCAGUCGUCAUUCUCUCUUGCGCCUCCUACAGGAACCAGACACUCCAUGUCUUUAUCCGGUCAUCGCUGCUGGCCUCCGCCAUCCACUAUGCGUCUGUGAAUAAGAAACAGGAGAUCUUUAACACCUUCAGCUUCUUAAGGAACAUGUUUUCUGACGAGUUCAUCCUUCGUCCUGGAGCUGAAGUGCAGGACUUUGAAGACGCCUGUUACCUUUUGGUGAAAAGCGGAACUCUGCAGAUCAACCAGCAGGAGGUUCUGGUCACAGACAGAGGUCAAAGGACGCUGGCAUUUCUCACAAAUAUUUUGGAUCCUUUUGUGCAAGGAUAUCAGAUGGUGUGUAGGUUUCUUUGUGAGGAGGAGACAGAGGGUCUGACUGAGAAACAGUUUGUUCCUGCAAUCCGGAAGUUCAUCAUCAAACAUCUUUUAAUAGGGAGAUUAAAAUAUGCUGAGGUUCUGUCAUCGGACCUCCAGAAGAAUGCUCUAGCAGCUUUGCUGAGACUUGGAGCUGUACAGAAACUCAGAGGAAGUGAGGAGGAGUGGACUCUAAAGGUCAACACGGUGAUGGUGAACUCACUGGAAGACAUUUUGGGAGGAAAAUUGCCCACCCAGAAUCCCCUCGUUGCUCGACUCUAACUCAGUGACUUCAUCUAUCAAAGUGGACGAUCAGUGCAAUGUGGCGGUGUCGCUCCUCUGAAUGUGGAGAGUACGACGCGUCCCUGUCGGCCGAUUUUAAAAAGGCCAAGCCAACCUGUCUCGUGAGAGGUGGAACAAAAGAGUUGCAUCAGAAGACAACUUGAACUGGUUUUUGUCAAGAUUUAUGUUUCUCUUCUCCUCAGAUGUUUUCAGGCUUUUGAUGAUGCUUUUCAUAUACCUGCGUUAACACCGGAUAAAUGGGGUCUAAAAAGGUUUAACCAGCAGCUCCCUCUGAGUAACGGAGAAUGUUUGAAUUAAUUCAGUAUGGUAGCCAUUCUCUAUUCUUCAUCAUUGCUUUUUAUAUGCACUCUCUCACCCUCUGAGUAGCUUUUAUUUGUGUUAUUUUGAGUCUGUUCUUCCUCUUCUGUCUGCCCUUCCUUCCUUUUUGAGGCACUUUUAUCGCUCUACUAAUGCAGUGUGGUGUGGACCUAUACCUUUGAUUGAUUUACUUCACUUCGUCUAUAAUUAAACAAUCCCAUUCAGAAGUUUGCAUACACUCCUCACUGGCAUGAAUGGCCUUUGUUUGGAAUCAUUUUUAGGGUGGAAUGACAACCAAAACUUCUGUGGUUUUUGAUUAAAUUUGUGUGCAUCACCACAAAUUUAUGAUGUAUUUUCUCUAUUUCAGACAGGUUCAAAAUUCUAACUAGUCUCAGGUGUACCUUCAGUCACUUGGUUAAAUGGUCAUUAUCAUCGACUACAUGCUUUUUGUGUUGUCUGGAGUUGUGACCACUCCUCUAAGUCGUUUAGACCCGUUUAAAAGAAAAUAUUGGGGGUUAUUUAUUGGUUGAAUAUCGGUCAUGAAAUCUCAUCCCUGUGCUAAGAGCAGAUUGAGGUUUUACUAACAAGCUGAACUUCUUUGUUGGCUGAUGAUCUGCCAACAUAUUUCACUUUUGAGGCAAAACAGGUCAAAAUGUCACAAUUCCUCAAAUGAUUUCUGCUGCUAGAACAUCCAACUCUUGGUUUGAUACCUUUUAUCUUGUAAAAUAUAGUUGUUAAAGACAUUAACAUUUUUGUGGAGCUUUAAAUGAUGGGGAAUGAAAAGCUAAAGAUCAUCUUCUCUCUUAAAAAUAUCUUUAACUGUUCCAGACAAAAGGAAAAUCAGAAAACUCUGAAGCUUAACCUCUUUAUUAAUAGAUAUUUAGACACUUAAUUCCUCAUAACUUAUGUUUUAAAUUCAGCUUCAGAUUAAUAGUUUAAAGGUAACUUGGCUUACAUUGAAAUUGAACCUAACAACAUAAAAAGGCUUUACAGCUUGCAACUCCAUGAAUCAUGUAUUCUACCACAGCUACUGUUACAUUUUCUUACCUUGCCACGCAUGUUGUUGUUUCUAAAAUCCUUUUUACAGUAUCCAAGCUCAAAAAAAUGAAGCAUAUGUUGUGAAGCAUCAAGUCCUGUCAUGAGACGGAGGAUGUAAAAUCUAAAAUCUGCUCUUGCAUCAGGACAGUCUGUUACUGUACGUUGACAUUACUGUCUGAAUGUUUCUCUCCCUAUACCUAAUAAUCAGUUGACCAUCUGGGGAUGAAUGUUUUAAUUCCCCAUGCAUAGUCUAAGCCCUCCUAAGAUCUGUUUGCUGCAUUAGUAAAAAAAAUAAGCCCAACUCCCUUCCCAUGUCAGCUGCUUUAAGGGCUUAGCAUGCUGAGGUGAGUAAAUCUCCAUUGGUACAGAUAGACCACCUGCACGGAGUAGCUUGAUAUUCAGUUAUGCUGUUACUGGUCAUUGCUGUAUUUAUAUAAUUUUUGUAGCAGUGUUGCAUAUUUAAAAGUGAUACUGGAGCGUUGUUUACUUAAAGCUGUGUUUCAUAAAACGUUACAGGAAUGCAAGGCACAUGCAAAAUAGGGUGAUGGAAGUAUAACAUAAUUUGCCUUGGCGGUGCUAUUAAACCUUUAUGAAAUUAUAAAGGAAUUAAUUACCAUUAGGCCAUAUUCCCUUGUUUUACAAAGCUACAUGAAAAUAUGGUGUCAGAUAGUGUAAGUUAGAGUAUUCAAAAGUGUCAGUUGUAAUGUUUCUGUACAUGUCAACUUACAUUUAUUACACAUAUGGGGAAAAGGGCCCUAAAAGCAGAAAGACCCCCAGAAAUAAUUAAUUUCUAACCCCAACUUUGAAUAAUCAGCAUUUUAUUAAUGAAAUUAAACGCAACGUCCAAAUUGAAAGUCUUUUGGAUCUAAAUCUAAAUCUUUCGAACUAACAUAUGCCCCAAAAUAAGUUGGUCUAGUUUGUAAUUUCAGAGUUUCUGCUCACAGAAUCGACAGCUUUUGAUUCAAGCAACAUACAGUAAAAAUACCUUAAAGGUCGCCAUUCAAGCUGGCCUACAAACCUAACUUUUAAAAUCUUUGAGUGAUCAUGUUGUAUAUGCAAAUAAUUUAUCAUACUUUCCAAGUCAUGCUACUUAUGCUGUCAAAUUUUAAUUACGUGAAAUGGAAGAUCUGGUUGUUUUUCAGUAUAUUUGGCUGGAAGAAUAUAUUUUCUAAAUCUGUUGCCUUUUAUUCAGAUGAUAUGUCUUUCUGGAAGCAAAAUAUUUCCUAUUUGCGUGCUAGUAGAAGCCUUAAAUAUAUUGGAAAUAAAAUGUUUUGCGACCGGAUAGUUUAUUAAGAAACCUAUUUUAUCUCCAUUUUUGGAAUCAAGGACACUGUUGUCAUCAAUCUUUGGAACCUGACAACCCUGCAGUUAGUGAACGCAGACAGCAAAGCAGUAUUGCAACAGAAACAUCUAUACAUGAACUCAGCAGCCAUAGUUCAAAUCUGCCAUAUUUGUGGGAUUUGUUUUUCAAACCUUAUUGUGUUGUAUUGUUCUGUGUUUGUGGUUUGCAUUAACUGUUAAACUGUGAGGCCUUUCGCUACUGAACGAAAAUGCUAAUGAGAUAAAAAAAAAAAAAAAACAUCUAAUAUAGUGUUUUCAGAUACAGCUGCUGGCCCUGAGUGUCUGUUUAAUUUUACACUAACUCUGUUGUGUGGUGGGGAUUGUCUUUGAUAUUCAGUAAUAUGGCUCCAUCGCGUUGUGAGACGUUCUGCCUGUUUGAUGGUCCCAUCUCUUGUGGUUCAGAAAACUUCUUUGAUCGCACCUGAUUAAAACAUGAUAUCCACGUUUGAUCAUGAUUAAAUCUUAGCUUUAUCAUC